AUGAAAAUAACGGCAGUGGCCAUUUCCGGGAUUAUUCACCCGGCGCCAGGCCGUCAGAAGAUUCCAGGCGUGCAGAAGUUGACACAAGACACCAGAGCAGUUACUUUCGGCGGUCAUCACCAGUCUUCAGCAAACCGACCUCUCGAACUCCUCCGUCUCAACCUCCGCGAAGAGAACAGACUGGUCAUACUUUGCAAUUUCGGCACUCAAUCCCAUCCUCUUAUCAUGCUUCAAGGAGAUUCCACCGCUCCCCAGAUGCAGUACGAGUCUUCGACUCGGAACAGUCAUCCAGACUACAGUUAUAAGACCGAGAGGCCGGUGAAUGACUCUUAUGCGUACCCUCAUGCUCACCAGUCCAGCGAUAUGCGUCGAUCGGAAGAGACUCGUGGAUGGCGGAUUCCCAAUCAGACCAACAUCAGUGGCAGCCGUCGAAGUUACGUUGAACGUUCGCGUUCUCGGUCACCCGUCUCUCCAGUUCGUCGUCAUUCAGAGAGCCGACGUGAUCCAAGCCCGGCUUCGUGGAAUCGUGGCAUCGACUCAAGCUCCGAUUAUAUUUCCUCGACUGCAGCAGCCAAUCGGGCUUCCUACAGUUCAGAUAUGUACGGGCGUAAGAGCAACGGAAGUGCUGCUGAUCAGGACUACAACCGGGGGAGAAAUCACGCUCAGUCUCAGCGAGCCUCUUCAAGGUCCUUCUCCAGAGUUAUUGAUUAUGGCCAUCGUUCAGGUAUGUUUUUACAUUCCAAAUACACUUGCACCGGAGCUCCAUUCAAUACUUUGUCCUUGCUCUCACAAUCUUUCUGA